AUGGACGAAGAAACUUCAGCGGCAGACUCGCUGCUACACGGCGUCUUCCGCCGACAAGGCUAUCAGUCCCAGAACAUUAGCAAUGGCGGGAUUGUCGAUUACUGGGGUUACGCCGGCCGUGUAGUUCCUUGUACCAACGACGCGGGAACAUGCGAAUACUUCGAAUCCGUCUACGGUGGUCAUGAGCGCGGCAUGCUCUACACUGGUAUCAUCUGGGCAACUCUCGGCGGUAUUCUCUUCGUAUGGGCUAUCGGGCGGCACAUUUGGGCGCCACCAUCCGGCGCCGAAGCCGUCGUUAUGUCCACCAUCACCAAGUCCGCGUCUGGCGAAGAGCGGAAGAAGCCCAAAAUGGAGUCACCUGGCGCUGGUGGUCUUCGUCGCCUGAGGGCUGCGGCCACGGCCACUUGCCGCUACUACACCCUCCCGGAAUCUAUGCGCUUCGUCUUCGGUCGCACAACCCGACUGCAAGUUCUCAUUCUGGCCAUGUUGACCAUCUACCUCGCCAUAUUCUCCUUCAUUGGCAUUUGGUAUAAAGACUGGAUGACACCGGUGAAAGGCUAUGACAAUCUUUACCAGAGACGGUCCUGGCUUGGGGCGUGGUCUGACAGAGUUGGUACACUCGCAUAUGCGUUGACGCCGUUCUCCAUCUUGCUCGCUUCGCGGGAAUCCAUCCUUUCCUUGCUCACCGGCGUGCCGUAUCAGAGCUUCAACUUUCUGCAUCGCUGGCUUGGCUGGAUAAUCGCGAUCCAGGCUCUCGCUCACACGAUCGGCUGGACAAUCAUUGAGAGUGUCUUUUACCAGCCACAGCCCCAGGUAGCCAACAAAUGGAUCAAGCAGUUGUACAUGAUUUGGGGUUGUGUUGCUAGCAUCAUCCUGUUUCUACUCGUCAUCCUGGCCACUCCAUGGGGAGUCCGUCUUACCGGCUACGAAUUCUUUCGAAAGAGUCACUAUGUACUCGCGAUGAUCUACAUUGGCGCAUGUUGGGGUCACUGGCAGCCCCUGAAGGUUUUCAUGGUCCCUGGCCUGGCUAUCUGGCUCGUUGAUCGCGGCGCACGGCUAAUGCACUCGUUUCUCAUUCACUAUCAGUACCUUCCGGAUGGCACCAUGGGCUUCCAGACCGCUCCCGUCAAGAUGACGCUCAUGCCUGAUGCACAGUACGGCGACAUCGUCCGCCUGGACUUCUCUCAGCCUCACGACGUCUGGAAGCCCGGUCAGCACUUCUACAUCUGCUUUGCGAAAUCCAGCGUCUGGCAAUCCCACCCCUUCACCCCGCUGAAUCUUCCUAUUGAACGCGACGGCGUUGUAGAACACGCUUACAUCUUCCGCGCGAAGAAGGGAGAAACCCGCAAGGUUGCGCAGUUGGCAGCCGCAGGAACGACGACUACACCUGUUAUCCUCCAGGGGCCUUACGGCGAGGACCACACCCUCCACCUUACACUCGAUGCUAACGUUCUUUGCAUCGCCGGCGGUACUGGUAUUACCUAUGUCCUCCCUACUCUCCACUGGCUUGUUCGCCAGCCUGCGAAUCCCAACCGCCGAAUCGCUCUCGUCUGGGCCGUCCGUCUCCGGCAAGAUCUUGAAUGGGUACGCGCCGAACUCGAUGCUCUCGCCAACGCAAAGAGCCACGGCAUCAGCAUCACCAUUCACAUAACACGCGAGGAGGGCGAAAGCCUCACCUCUGAGGUUAGCGAGAAGAAUGUCAUCGACCGCGCCCAGUCAUCCUCAAGCCGGAGCAGUAGCAGCCGCGCAAAUGGUCUUGCGAAGGCCUUGGAGAUCCGCGCUAGUGGUAGCCACCCGAGGAUGGCGGACGUUGUAGCUGCUUUCCUGUCCGAGAACAUUCAAGGCCGUACUGCAGUUUUUGCUAGCGGACCGGGAGCUAUGAUUUCCGAUCUGAGGGGCGUUGUAGCAGCGGCAAACUCUGGAGAGCAGGUCUGGAAGGGUAAUGAGAUGGCUGAUGUAGAGCUGAUCUGCGAUAAUAGACUAGAGUGGUAG